AUGCUUGUCGCGUGCUGCGUAAGGCGCGUUACACAUUUCUUUCUUGCUCCAACUACCACCAUGCUUUCCACCAUCUCGCGCCAUCCCCAUAGAACUCCCGUCACCCUAAUUCUCCGUUCUUUAACGACUGAACAUCAUAUCCCAACACCCGACGUCCCUCCCCCACUGCCGAACAAAGCGAGCCCUCCAAGACAUAGGAGUCGGCUCUACCCUGCUCCUCGACCGGCUGGACAUUCAUUGCAACACCCAUCACUGCCAAAUUUGCCAGCUAGUUUUGGGAGGAACCAACUGUUGCCGGUGUCGAAUUCAACAAGAGCAUUGUUGGAGUCGAUUGUCGACGAGUUUGACGCGCCGAUCCGCUAUGCAUUCGCGUACGGCUCUGGCGUGUUUGAGCAAGACGGCUACCCGAAAGGCUCUGACGCGCCAAUGCUUGACUUUAUGUUUGCGGUGACGCACCCAGCGCAUUUCCACUCCAUCAAUAUGCAACAACAUCCCAACCACUAUACGCUUUCCGCCAGAGUUUUUGGCUCGUCAUAUGUAUCCAAAGUACAGGAGGUCGGGCCUGGGGUGUGGUUCAACGCCUAUAUACCCAUCGCUGGUGUGACAAUCAAGUACGGAGUGACGACAGUGGACAAUCUCUGCUCCGAUCUGCUCAAUUGGAAGAGCUUGUAUCUGGCUGGGCGGAUGCACAAGCCGCUCAGAAUUAUCAAGGAUGACGCUCGAGUUCGGCUUACUCAACAAGUCAACCUCACUUCGGCUGUCCGUGCGGCAUUAUUGACACUUCCUGCCGAGUUCUCCGAGACACAGUUGUUUGAGCGUAUCGCUGGCAUAAGUUAUCUCGGGGACCCACGAAUGCUCCUUCCAGCCGAGAAUCGUAACAAAAUUGCGAAUAUCGUGCGGAAACAAGGACCACAAUUCAAGGAACUAUAUCAUCGACUUGUGGUCGGGCUUCCUGGGGUUCAUUGGCCAAUGCAAUUGGAGACCAUCCAGCAAGACACAACACCCCAUGCUCGAGCUGCCCACCUCCGCAAGCUACCAUCGAACUUGCUCGCGGGCGUCAGAAGUAGCUUUGACCGUUCUGGCAAUGUCCCAGUUUACGAGGCGGACGAGAGUGCUUACUGGAUACGGCUCGCUGGCGACGACAAGUUACCUGCCAUCCUUGGACAAGAGCUCAAGGGUAUCGUCAGGUCACCUUCGACUGUACAAACGUUGAAGGGUAUCGUGAGUGCGGGUGUUGGGAAGAGUGCGCGGUAUGGGCUGGCCAAGAUGAGCAAGUGGUGGCAAGGAAGUAAGGAGAAGAAGGAAUAA